CACUUGCCGUCACGUUCGCAUAUCUAUGAUUUUUGAAAGUCACCUCACGCUCACACUUGGUUCUUCGUUUACAGCUAAAUUGUUAAUAUUAGCAAGGGAAUUUUACACGCGUAUCGGCAACACCUCAGCUCGCCCUUGAGAUCUGCAGAGAGGCAAGAAAGGAGAGACCUUACCGAUCUACUCUCUCCUGGAUUAUUCACGGCAUGUCUUCUGGUUCCCAAGCUUCUGACGACCAUGUCUCGAAAGACGCCGCCGCCGCCGCCGCAUCCCCUAGUGACCGGGAACUCCAGUAUUCCGGCUGGGUUUAUCACUUGGGAGUAAACUCCAUCGGCCACGAGUACUUCCAUCUCCGCUUCCUAUGCCUCAGGGGCAACUGGGUCGUCAUGUACAAGAGGGAUCCACACGAUGACCCUGGCACUAGACCCAUCAGAAAAGGCUUUGUUAGCCAUUCACUCAUGGUCGAGGAACUUGGUCGUAAGGAGAUCAAUUCUGGGGAAUUUUAUGCCAUCAGGUUUUAUAAUCGUUUGGAUGAGACAAAAAAAGGAGAAAUUGCUUGUGCUACUGCUGGAGAGGCACGGAAAUGGAUGGAGGCUUUUGAUCAGGCUAAACAACUUGCAGCAAAUGACAUUCUAAAUGCAUCAAACUGGCAUAAACUGUCGGCUGACAGCGAGCUCAAUUUUGAAGGUCAUCGACCCCGAAUGAGGCGAUAUGCACGUGAUUUGAAAAGGCUCAUAAGAAUAGGAAAAGGCCCAGAAAUGCUUCUUCAGAAGACUUCUGAACUGGGGAGUCGUUUGAAGACAGAUAGAUAUCUUGAAGGUGAAGUAGGAGAUGCCAUGGAAGCACAUGAGUGGAGAUGCAUUCGUACUAUAAAUGGUAUCAGAAUAUUUGAGGAAGCUACUUCUUUGAAGAGUGGCAAAGAUUUCCUUCUUAAAUCUGUGGGUGUUAUCGAUGCAAAUGUGGAUACGGUCUUUGAAGUCGUUCUCAGCCUUGAUAGACAUAAGAGACACGAGUGGGAUAUGUUGACAGGUGACUUGGAACUUUUAGAGUCAGUUGAUGGGCAUUAUGAUGUUGUUUAUGGAAUCUAUGAUCCUAAGCAUCUAACUUGGUCUUCCUCGAGAAAAGAUUUUGUCUUCUCCAGGCAGUGGUUCCGUGGGCAAGAUGGGGAAUAUACCAUUUUACAGUUUCCAGCUGUUCACAAGAAACAACCUCCAAGACCAGGCUAUGAACGUAUAAAAGUUAAUCCUUCUAUUUGGGAAAUCAGCAGGCUGAAAACGGCAUACUCUGCAACUUCCAAAUGCCUUGUGACAAGGAUUUUGGAAAUACAUUCAACUAUUUGGGAUAGGCUGAAGAAGAGAUAUACUACAAAUUUUGAGAAGACCAUUCCUUAUGCUUUGCUUUGUCAAGUUGGAGGUUUAAGAGAAUAUUUUGCUGCAAAUCCUUCACUAGCUCUUGACUCUCCCUCAACAGUUGAGCAUUCAAAUAUUUUUUAUGCUGCUCCCACUGCUUCUUUAGAACCCGAGAAUUCAGAACUUAAUGAUGAGUUUCAUGAUGCAAUUGCUUUUGAUGGCUCCUUAGGAGAUGAGGACAGUGACAGUGAUGAUGAAGAGCCCCCGAAGGCUGGGAAAGUGAAAUUGAAGAACGUUUCAUGGGCCAUUGCGAGUUUGGCUUUAAAGAAAAGUGCAGCAACAGGAGAGAAUAAUGAACUGGAUACUACCUAUCCUCCUGCUACUAUAAAUCCAAGUCAAUUCCAUGGUUCACUACAUCAAGGGAAAGGGGAAUCUGAUACCAACUGUUGGACUAAGCCUAGUGAGCCAGGGUUUAUGAUAAGGGGAAGGACUUACUUAAAGGAUUGCUCUAAGGUUCCGGGCGGAGAUCCUCUUUUAAAGCUUUUGGCAGUUGAUUGGCUUAGCGCAGAAACUUGCAUGGACAAAAUUGCUCAUCAUCCAAACCGCCUUGUUCAGUCAGAAAGUGGAAAAAAGCUCCCAUUCAUUCUCGUAAUAAACUUGGAGAUCCCUGCAAAGCCAUAUUACAGUUUGGUUCUGUAUUAUGGUGCUGACAGGCCCAUAAAUAAACAGUCCCUGUUGGGAAGAUUUAUUGAAGGGAGUGACGUGUUUCGAGAUUCAAGAUUUAAACUUAUACCAAGCAUUGUGGAGGGGUAUUGGAUGGUUAAACGUGCAGUCGGCACUAAGGCCUGCCUCCUAGGGAAGGCAGUCACUUGCAGAUACCUUCGCGAGGAUAACUUUCUAGAGAUAGAUGUUGAUAUUGGUUCUUCAUCAGUUGCCAGGCAUAUCAUUGGUUUAGUUCUUGGAUAUACCACUGGCAUUGCUGUUGACCUUGCAAUUUUGAUUGAGGCCAAGGAGGAAAAUGAACUUCCUGAAUAUAUAUUGGGUACAGUUCGCUUAAACCGACUGAGGCUGGACUCUGCAGUGCCAUAUCCUUAAUUCCCUGCUGCUUUUGAAUGAAGAAUAUUGCCUUCAUCAGGUGCUCAUUAUUUGCCUCAUGAACUCUUAAUUUAUUCCAAAAGAUUAAGCAAAUAAACCAUUCUGGUGAUUUAGUGUUGUAUAUUAUUCACCUUUUUGUACCAUAUGCACCAAACCUUCCUUGGCUUUGGCUAAGGAACUAAGGAUUUCCAUACCCAAUUCUUAACCGAUUGUAAUCUUAAUCCCAUUGUAUAACUUCUUAAUCUCAUAUACAUUGUUUGUUAUAUCAUGCUUUGUCUACACAUUAAUGAAUAUAUUGUAUCUACUAUGAUUUGAUGUUACAUAUUCUGAUCAUGAAAACAGCAUUGCAAUGUUGAUAGAGGCUUAUGUGAACUAGUCUAUUCAUGUUU